AUCCAACAUCACUCAGAGCAAGUCCCGUGACAUACAACAGAUCAUUCUCCCAAUACACCUUCUACAAGAUCCACCACCCAACAAAAUGGCCACCUUCCUAGUCACCCAGGCGACCGGCAGUCAAGGCCGAGAGACCGUUGCCCACCUGCUCGAGGCUGGCGUCAAAGUCCAUGCACUCGUGCGCGAUGCCCACAAAAUCCCCCCUAUCUUGAAGAGCCCGGGCGUGACGCUCUUCCAAGGCGAGAGCAAGAACCUCGACGACGUCCUGCAGGCUGCGCAGGGCUGCAAGGGUGCCUACCUGAACACGUUCCCCUACCCGGGGCUGGAGAUCCUGCAGGCGCAGACCAUCAUCGAGGCGUGCAAGAAGGCCGGGGUCGAGCGCAUCGUGGCCUGCACGACCGUGGGCGUGGGCAACAGGCCCGCGUGGGACACCAGCGCGACGGCCGCGUUGCACCUGAUCGACUACUUCAGCUCCAAGGCCGAGGUCGAGGCCGCCGUGCGCGCCGCCGGCUUCGCCUCCUACACCAUCCUCCGGCCCGCCAUCCUACUGCAGGACCUGCUGCUCCCCGGCGUCCACCAGAACUACCCCCGCCUCCACACCCACGGCGAGCUCGACCACGCCUUCGACGACGGCGUGCGGGCCGCCCAGACGGACGCCUUCGACGUCGGUAGGUAUGCUGCGGCUGCCCUGCUCGACCCGGCCAAGUUCAACGGCCAGGAGAUUGAGCUCGUCAGCGAGGCCCUCACCGCCGAGGAGAUGCGCGACGUCAUUGUCAGGGUCAGCGGCAGGGACGUGGGGCUAAAGAAGCGCAGUCCCGAGGAGGUCGAGGAGGCCAAGCGCACCGUCUUUGGUCAGUCGUUCCAGCUCUUGACCAACACGAUCGACAUCUGGAGCAAGGAAACGGCCCGCGAAGUUGAGGCCAAGUACGGCAUCCCCUUGACCUCGGUGGAGGCGGGCCUGCAGAGGGAGAAAGCUCGGCUCUUGGAGUGUCUGCCGGCGGCCUAGUGUUCUUUUACUUUGUUGCGUUGCAUUGCAGAGGACAAUGGGGAAAGUUCAAGUUGGACCCAAUAACGUAAUUCACCCUUGGCGGCCCACCCCAUUGAGUGGCCCACCAAAAGCUGCAAAUACACAUAAAAAAGGGAAUAUCUCAACAACUACAACAGCAGACACCUAAUCUAAUUAAAUACAGUAUUAUGCG